AUGUUGGUGCUCAUGCGUCCACAUCGCUGGCGAAGGUUGGCCGCCUUGGGAGUCGGAUGGAGGGCCCUGGCCAAAGCGCCGCAAGACCUGAAGGACGUCUUGCUGGAUAUCGGCUUCCCUGCCGACGGUGUGGGGCGAGUCCUCGGGAAGCUUCAGCCGCUGCCGUGCCAGCAUGGGGCCACGGCUGCAGCGAAGGUGCUGCAGCUGCUGCACUCGUGGUCUGUCCCAGACGAGACGCUUCGAGCUGCCAUCGCGCGCCAUCCGGAGCUGCUAGCCGCGACACUGGCAGAACUCCAGGCCACUGCUGAAGCACUCCAAGCCUCGCUUCCGAGAGACGUGUUCAGUGAGCUGGUGCAGAAGUUCCCUGAGGUGUUGCUGGCGGGCCGGUCAAACGUGGCGGAAUUGCAAGAGCUUUUCAGUUCAUGGGGCCUGCCCUGGGAGGAGGCUGCAAGACGGGCGCCGAGACUGCUGCUGCGCAUGCCGGAGGAUUUGUCCAAGCUCCUCCACUUCCUGCGCAAAGAUCCGCUGGGUCCGCAGCUCUCUGCCGACCAGCUAGCUCAUGUGGCGAAAAACUAUCCGAUGCUCCUCCUUGGGACAUUGGAUGCUGAGCGGCAGCUGGCUCCACUGGUGCAAUUUUUGCGCCACUUUCUUGGAGUUGAUCCCGCUAGCUCGCAAUGCAUCGGGCUGUAUGCCUGGCCAGAUUCACUCGCUGUUGUCGAGCCAACUGCUCGCUUCCUAGUGGAAGACUGUGGUUACCCGCUUGAAGAGCUUCGGGAAGAUGUUGCACUCCUGGGGUAUUCAUUUGAAGCACGAGUGCACCCACGGGGCCGCUACGUGCAGCAUUUGGGUAUGGCCCGAUUGCCACUCAAGGCCUUGACGGCUGUGGAUGACAGUCACUUCUGCCAAAUGGUGGAUGCCGGCAAAGACGAGCUUUACAGCCGGCGUGUCGCUCUGGACCCGAAAGGCUCGAGAGUCGCCCUCUCCUUCGGCCUGCCCAUCAGGUUGUACAGCCCACACAGACGCGGCUUUCUAGCGGCAAGCUGCUCGCUAGAGAAGAAGGCUCCUUACAUGCGUGCCGUUCGGGACGAGACAUUGGACAUCCGCGAAUUCUGUGCGAAGGACAUCUGGGUGAUCGAGCCGGUGUCGCACGAAUUCUUGAAGGACACGGGCAUCGAGUACAGCAUCACGCCUGUUCUGCUUCGCCACCUGGGCAGUGGGUAUUACCUGGCCAUCUCCGAGGCAGACCUGCAAGAAAAAGACAUCAUCUACAACAAGGCUCGAAGCUGUCGGCUUCGAGGUCUGAGGCUAAUCAGAAGCCUUUCGGAUCCUUAG